ACGUCGCCUGGUCUCCGGCGGAACCGCGAUCAGAUCUGCGUACGUCAGGUUCAUAAACGCAGAUGGAAGUCCACGUUAGGUAGUAAUGUGAAAUGCGUGAUGUUUGCACUUGUGUUGGUGCUGUUGACAGUGCUUGAGCCGUGUGUGUUGUUAUACCAUCGGCAGUUCGCGGUAUAUGUUCCGGAUGGGCCGGAGAGAGCCCACGACAUAGCCCAUAAGCAUGGCUUCGUCAACCACGGCGAGAUUGGAAACUUGAAACAUUUCUACUUGUUUUCACACCCGCAAAUCAGCAAGAGAUCGCCGAACGCGAGCGUUGAUUACGUGAACAGACUCAAAAAUGAUCCACAGGUGAGAUGGGUGAUGCAGCAAAAAGAGCUGAGGAGGACGAAAAGGGACCAUCAGUGGAGGCCGCGACAUGUUAUGAGGCAGUCCAGCGCGCCCGCCUUCCCAGACCCUCUGUUCAAGGAGCAGUGGUAUUUGAAUGGCGGGGCGGCUGAUGGUCUGGACAUGAACGUGGGCUACGCCUGGAGGAAAGGUUAUACGGGAAAAGGAGUCGUCAUAACAAUUCUGGAUGACGGGAUACAGCCCAACCAUCCAGAUUUGUCCCAGAACUAUGAUCCGGCCGCGUCGACCGACAUAAACGGGAACGACACGGACCCGACGCCGCAGGACAAUGGUGACAAUAAACACGGCACCCGGUGCGCCGGGGAAGUGGCCGCGGUCGCCUACAAUCGAUAUUGCGGUGUCGGCAUCGCGUACAAUGCUAGCAUCGGCGGAGUCAGGAUGCUCGACGGCCUUGUCAACGACGCAGUGGAAGCGCAAGCACUCAGUUUCAACACCCAUCAUAUAGAUAUUUACAGUGCCUCCUGGGGACCUGAAGAUGACGGCAAAACUGUAGACGGCCCCGGCCCUUUAGCCAGAAGAGCGUUUAUAAAUGGGGUGACAAACGGAAGAGGUGGGAAGGGAUCCAUAUUCAUAUGGGCCUCAGGAAAUGGAGGGCGGCACACUGACUCUUGCAACUGCGAUGGAUAUGCAAAUAGUAUAUUUACCAUAUCUAUAUCUAGCGCGACUCAGGGAGGUUACAAGCCCUGGUACUUAGAAGAGUGCUCUUCAACGAUAGCUUCUACGUAUAGUUCGGGUACUCCGGGGCGGGAUAAAAGCGUAGCCACAGUAGAUAUGGAUGUACAGUUAAGGCCAGACCAUAUUUGUACUGUAGACCAUACAGGGACCUCGGCCUCAGCGCCGUUAGCCGCUGGGAUAUGUGCUUUAGCUUUAGAGGCAAAUCCGUUAUUAACUUGGAGAGAUAUGCAACAUUUAGUAGUAAUGACGUCAAGGUCACAACCUUUAGAAAAAGAGGAAGGAUGGAUCGUUAAUGGUGUGAAGAGAAAAGUUAGUCAUAAAUUCGGCUAUGGCCUAAUGGAUGCGGCCCAAAUGAUCACAUUAGCAGAACAGUGGACGAAUGUGCCACCUCAACACAUUUGUAAAUCGCAGGAAAUAAAUGAAGACAAAAGCAUUGAAACAUCUUUCGGUUACACUAUAUCAGUUCAUAUGGACGUGAAUGGAUGCAGCGGAACUAUGAAUGAGGUCAGGUUUUUGGAACACGUUCAAUGUAAAAUUUCACUAAGCUUUUUCCCAAGAGGAAAUUUACGGAUACUGCUUACGUCGCCGAUGGGGACUACUUCCACCCUUUUAUUUGAGAGAACACAUGACGCGACGAGUUCUAACUUCGAUGAUUGGCCCUUUUUGAGUGUUCACUUUUGGGGUGAAAGCGCGGAGGGUCGAUGGACCCUACAGAUAAUAAACGCGGGAAACAAUCACGUCACUCAACCGGGGAUAUUGAAAAAGUGGCAAUUGAUAUUUUAUGGUACGGCUACGAAUCCCAUACGUCUUCGUAAUAACGGCUAUUUCAACUCAAAGAACACUUACCAAGAGGAGAAAACUUACCACAUAAACGACGUUUACGAUGCUUCCGAAUACUCGCAGUUUCUUAAUGAAAUCGAACUUGGAAUUUCGGACAGACGAAGUUAUCCGAAGAACAUUCCUUCAGCACAAAGGAAAAAUGUGCUCGCAGAUGCCAAUGAUAAGCAAGUUCAGAGAUUGUGCGACCCGGAAUGUGACUCGCAAGGCUGUUAUGGAAAAGGGCCGACGCAAUGCGUGGCAUGUAAACAUUAUAGAUUGGACAAUUCUUGCGUAUCUAGAUGUCCUCCUCGGAGUUUUGUUAAUCAAGGAGGUGUGUGUUGGCCUUGUCACGAGUCUUGUGAGACUUGUGCUGGGGCCGGCCAGGACUCGUGCCUCACGUGUGCUCCUGCUCAUCUUCUAGUUAUAGAUUUAGCGGUGUGCCUUCAGCAGUGCCCUGAUGGAUACUAUGAAGAUCCUGAUGCAAACGCAUGCUUUCCAUGCGCUGAGCACUGCGAUACUUGUUCGGAAAAGGCAGAUAUGUGUGCAUCAUGUGCUCAUAGUUACGUAUUGUAUAACGGUUCAUGCCUCGCCGCUUGUCCGUCAGGGACUUAUCAAAAGGACGAUUUUGGAUGCAUGACUUGUCACGAAUCAUGCGAGUCAUGCCACGGGCCCAGCGAGACGGCGUGUGUAUCGUGUCGAAUAGGGGAUUACGCUUUUAAAAAUAGAUGCGUUCCGAAAUGUCCUGAAGGAUAUUACACAGAUAUGCAGAGACGGGAAUGUUUACCGUGUCCGAUUGGAUGUACCGUCUGCACGUAUGCCAUUUGUUCUGUUUGCAAAGAGAAAUGGUUCCUAACUAAGGCAGGAAAUUGUCUCCCACACGGCAAUGACAAAUGUGAUACCAACGAAUAUUACGAGGAAGGUCGUUGUAAACAUUGCCAUUCAACGUGCGAGAAAUGCAGUGGAUCUAAUGAAUGGGACUGUUUGUCUUGUACCAGUCCGCUCCUUCUGCAAGGAUCCAGAUGCGUCGCUGAAUGUGGUCAAGGUUUCUACCAAACAGCAGGACGCUGCUCCAAAUGUCCUCACACGUGUUCAAGCUGCGUAUCCAGAUUAAACUGUACCUCAUGUACUGGCGCUUUAAGAUUACAAUCCGGGACCUGCAGAGCUACUUGCGCUCCCGGCUACUACCCAGACGAAGGGACUUGCUCGAAAUGCUACCUAUCAUGUGAAACGUGCACCGGUCCAAGACGAGAUCAGUGUGCAUCUUGCCCACCUGAUUGGAGACUCGCGGCUGGGGAAUGUAGGCCAGAAUGUCCUCAGAACUUCUUCCCCUGGGAGGAUAGCUGCCGCCGCUGCCACCAUUACUGUCAAGAUUGCCACGGAGCAGGGCCACAGCAGUGCACCUCUUGCCCCCCACAUUUUUCCCUAGAAAAUGGUUUGUGUGUGGAGUGCCUUAGUUCUCAGUACUAUGAAGCGAGGACGCGGAGUUGUCGCCCGUGUCACGACUCUUGCAGGUCGUGUUCAGGACCUGGGUCUACGAGUUGUGUUACAUGUGCCCAUCCGUUAAGAUUAGAUAGGGUCAACCACAAAUGCCUGCCAUGCUGCACAGAGAGCAUGGCGUCUUUCUAUUUAUACGCGAACCAAACAUCAGAUUGCUGUCAUUGCGACAAGGAUAUUGGUGGUUGUUUAAACGGGUCAUCAGCAGGCAAGCGACGGAUAGCCGAAAAUGUGGGAGGACACAUAACAGCCUCAUUCUUCGUCGACGAUGCCAAUGGUCCCACCGCUGGGCUGGACAAGAACUGGCUGGCAUUGUGGACUGCUGUUGGAGUUUUGUUUGUUGUUGCUUGCGUUGUAUUAGCUGUGAAGCUUAGAGCAAGAAGGCGAAAACACAAAACCUUGUAUCCGAAGACACAAUACUCACAAUUGACGACAAUCGACGAAGAUCUUGUAGUUUUGACGUCAUCGACGACGUUAAAAACAAAUAAUGACGAUUCGAAUCCAGAUAAAAAUGUUUUAGAAGAGCCCACAUAGCAAUGUAAACUGUAAUGCUAAUGCAAUUAGAGUAAUUUUACAAUGCAGACUGAUACGUAGAGGUUUCAAUAUUCUGUACAUAACGGUAAAAUAUGUUGAUGGAUUUUUUGAUAACCAUUGUCGAGUUGGACGGGAAGGUUAAAAACACUAUUGAAUUAGUGAAUAAAUAAAAUGAUAUUAGUGUUAAUAAAUUACUAUACAGCUUAUAAUAACAGUUGUAUAUAAUUAUACCAAAUCAUUGGCAACUUAAGUAAUACAAAGAGAAUAUCAAAUAAGCCAAUUAGGUAAUAAAAAUUACUUGCCUGAAUGAUUUAUCAAGUUCCUGACAGAUCUUUGGCGUUCGUAUUCUGACAAUAGCAGUUGAUUGUUGCCGUUAAAUAUUUAAAAAAGUAAUCGAUGGAGGUCUGUCGAGUAAGCCAGUCCCACUAAACUGAUCUAAUUUGGCUUCCUGGGGAUUAAUCCUUGUCUAUGAAACUAAACGAAUGGUCAUAAUGGCGGUGCAAUCAAUUAGAAUCAGAAGGUAUAGUGACUCCUUCGAUCGCGUCUUUUAAAUUUUGUCGAUUUAUGUAUCGUUCCAUAAUUCAUUACAAGGUCUGUGAUUUCUAUGUUAUUUUGGGAGUUAUUCAAUGUUUUACUAUUCGUUCCGUCUUUCUAAUGCUGAGGCAUACUAAAGUUAUUAACAACAACUAUUACAGUCAAUGAGGCUUGAAAUAGCGACAUGAAAUCAAAAUUAUAUGAAAAUAAAUACCAAUUAAUAUUAAAUAAGUCUGUAAUAAUAGUCCAUCGGAUUAACAAGCUGAAGGGGCAGUGGGCAGGGCACAUUGCUCGCAGAACUAAUGCCCGAUGAAGCAAGAAGGUUCUGGAGUGGAGGCCACGAACUGGCAAUCACAGCGUCGUACGUCCAUCCACGAGGUGGACAGAUGACCACAUA